AUGAAGUCAUCCAAUUUAUCCCCCGUCAUCUUCAUCCUAACGCUAGCCACAGUCCAACUCGCCAAUGCCCAAAACUCCCCCCAAGACUUCGUCGAAGCCCACAACUCCGCUCGCGCAGAGGUGAACGUUGGCCCCGUGUCAUGGGACACCACGGUCGCCGCCUACGCAGAGAACUACGCGAGUCAAAGGAUCGGCGAUUGCCAGCUCGUGCACUCCGGCGGACAAUACGGCGAGAACAUUUUCUGGGGUUCAACCACCGGCUACUCAGGAGUCGAUGCGGUAAAUUCCUGGGUGUCUGAAAAGACGUACUAUGACUAUGACAGUAAUACUUGUGAGGGUCAUGAAUGUAGGCACUAUACUCAAGUGGUUUGGGCUAAAUCGGUGAAGAUUGGGUGCGCUCGCGUUACGUGCAACAACGGCGGAGUAUUUGUCACCUGCAACUAUGAUCCUCCAGGAAAUUACGCGGGGCAGCGCCCUUACUAA